UUCGUUUCCUGGCCCUUACUUCCAGCUUGCAGAUAAGAUUUUCGGAGAUCAGAGAUGGUGAGAAACCCAUGCUAUGAUAAGUAUGGCAGAAAGAAAGGAGCAUGGAGUCCUGAAGAAGAUGAGAAGUUAAGAGCUUAUGUUCAAAGAUAUGGCCAUUGGAACUGGCGAGAACUUCCCAGGUUUGCAGGUCUCUCGAGAUGUGGGAAGAGUUGCAGACUGCGAUGGUUGAAUUACCUGCGACCUAAUGUUAAGCGAGGAAACUACAGCAAAGCAGAAGAAGAAACCAUCAAGAAAUUACACGCAGAGCUUGGGAACAAAUGGUCUGCCAUAGCGAAAAAACUACCAGGAAGAACCGACAAUGAGAUCAAGAACUACUGGCACACCCACCUGAAGAAAAGGGAGAGGCAAAAUCCGGCCAAGUCUCAAGUGGUUCAGCAACCUCCUGGAACUUCAAAACGGGAGGGUGAUGAUCAGAAGAGAGAACUGGAAUCAGAAAAUAUUCAUGCAGAUGCUCCGUCUCACUAUAUUUUAGAAAGCUUCUCAAGGUCCCCGGAAUCAGAAUCAUCUUCCAGCGAGAUCUCCACCUUGAGCUUUGAUUAUACGCCAGCUGUGAAUGAAAUGAACUGGUUUGCAGACGAGGGUAUAGCUUCAUCAGAGACAUUUGCAGAACCCAAUGAGAAUUUCUGGACCGAACCCUUCUUAACAGACGAUUCCUACACCCAGUAUUAUUAUCCACCCAUUAACGCCUCUCUAUAUGACUCAUACUGCGACAAUGACACAGAUCUGUUCCCGGAUAUUUGGUCAACAAGCUAGUUUGUUUAAGCUAGAGAGUCAUAUAUAUGUAACCAGGUAUGUAGUUUACCCGUUUGGGUACUUCUGAUCUAUGGAUUUGUGAAUAAAAGAAUAGAGUGAUUCGAGUUUUGAUCAUCUAUGUUCAAUUUUAUAAGCUAAAGAUGUACAUACUUGUGUUUCAGAUUAA